GCUGAGGCUCCGCCUAUAUACUCGCGAGCAUUGGACCCCAUCAUUGUUCAAUCCUAGACUAGAUCUCUCCAGUCAACGGGUUACGACGACUGAGAGGGAGGUGGUGUUGUGGCGGCGGCGGCGGCGGCCAUGGAGGAGUCGGGGGUCGUUAGCGGCGGCACGGUGGUGAGCUGGGUGGCGUCCGGGGCGGUGCUGUGGUCGACGGCGUUCGUGCUGGUGCGGGCGCUCUUCCCCAAGCGCUCCUACGACUUCUGCAACCGCGCCGUCUCCACCAUGCACGCCGUCGCCGCCGUCUGCCUCGCCUGCCUCUCCGUCGACGACUGGUCCUGCCCCGUCUGCCCGCUCGCCGCCGCGUCGUCCCCGCGCCAGAUGAAGGCGCUGGCUCUGACGCUCUCGUACAUGGUGUACGACGCGGCGUGCUGCCACCUCAACGGCGACGUGCGGCUGGACAACACGGUCCACCACCUCGUCAGCAUCGUCGGCAUCGGCGCCGGCCUCGCCUACCGGAGGUGCGGGACGGAGAUGGUGGCCAGCCUGCUCAUCACGGAGAUCUCGAGCCCGCUGCUUCACCUCCGGGAGAUGCUCAAGGAGUUUGGCGUCCGGGAUACCGACCUCAACCUCCUCGUCGACGUGCUCUUCGCCGUCACCUUCUCCGCCGCCCGGAUGGGCGUCGGCCCCUACCUCACUUACGUCACCGUCACCGCCGACAACCCCAUCCUCAUCAAGGCGAUGGCGACGGGGCUGCAGCUGGUGAGCGCCUACUGGUUCCUGCGGAUCCUCAGGAUGGUCAGGUACAAGCUCAGCAAGAAGAAGCCAUCGCCGCCGCAGCCGCCGGCAGGCAAGCUCGCCGUCAACUGAUCUCCAGCGACCGUACGCCGGCAGCCUGCAGUAGCUGUCGUCGGAGCCCAAGCUGACGACGGAUAAGAGUUGAAUUCGAUUCUAGACCGAGUGCUGUACAUAUAUACCCGUGUCUGCGCAGUUCUUGCCUCUGACGAAGGUGAUCGUCACGAUCUGAUGAUGAUCAUGUAAACAUGCUGUUCCCUUUGGCAAGGAUGUCGCAAACCGGCGGUGCGUGUACUCUAGCGAUCAUUAUUGGCUGUACAAUUGUCCAGCGAAUCGUGUUCAGGAA